AUGAACACAGAGAGCAUUAAGAGACUAGCAGAAGAAGUCAAGAAGGCACAGGAACUUAUCCAGGAGGCACGUAAGGAAAAAGACGUUAUAUGCCAGAAAACAGAAGAAAGAGCUAAAGAAUAUGAACAAGAACUUCUUAGAAAAAAAAAAGAAGACGUAGAUGCAUACUUCCGGAGUACAAAUGAAGACCUUGCCCGGGUAGAAGAAGAAGUAAUCCGUGAAGUAAAAGAGACAAUUGCAGAUAUCCGAUCAAAAGAAAAACUGUGCGAGCAAAUUGCAGAUGAAAUAGUUAAAUCAGUUGUCAAUUAA